CGGAGACGAAUUCACACUACGACAUUUGUUGUUUUUUUCUCUGCUCUUCGAUCCUUCUCUCUUCAAAGGAGUUUCGCGGUUGUUUCCUCUCGAUGGGGUUCUUCUUGUCAUUUACACGCUUCGCUGCCAAGACUGCUUUGGUUGCUGUUGCUGUAAAACUAUCGAUCGACAACGACAUUUGGUCCCUUAACACUUCAAAUGGUGCAGAUCUAUAUGAAAAGUUGAAGAAGCACAUCGUUCCUGGAACGAUCGUCUAUCCAGAGAAGCUUCCAUCUGCUGAGCAACUUGCAACGGAUGUAGAACGAGUUUGGAAUAAAGGAGUAGAUAAGGUAAUCUCCACAAUUGAAAAAGCCCCAUCAAACUUGAACAACUUCGCAAAUCGUGUGAUUAACGACGACAAGUAACGUGUCUUGCCACAACGUCAACGGAUUCCUAUUAAGCAGUCUGAUCAGCGAUACUCGGUUGUCUUCCUCGUGGUGUAGUAGUUUAGUGUAUAUCUAGGGGUGAGCUCUGUCUAGGAGUUUAGGCACUAUAUUGAGUCGAUUGUAUAGGAUAGUAUGUAUUUAACGAAAUUUGAGGUCAUUGGUGUAUUGGUGUAUUCUAUUUGUGAGAUUUGUGUGCUCAAGAGGUGGUAAAUGAAUAUGAUUCGCGUC